UCUGGUCCGAGCUUCGCCUGAGUCGCGGCGGGUCGCUGGGAAUGGCCGGCGCUGGCGGAGGGGCCGCGUGUGGCAGCGUCCUCCCCUGACGGGGCUCCCCGGAGAGCGGAGCCCCUCGGAACCUGCGGAGAGCGCAGCCCGGAGACCCCCCCGAGAAAGGGCCAGCCUGCUGCGCCCUCCAUUUUGAAGAGCCACUUUGUCGGCAGCAGCUUUGGAUAUAGCUGUUAAGUGGAUAUAUCAUGAUAGCAACAGGAGGGCUUCUUCGAAUUUCAGCCAGGAGACAAGAUUCCUCUCGAUCCCGUAAUCAUAUUAAUAAACGAAAAAGGAAGGUGAAAAAGAAAUGCAAAAAUGAUGUGGUGGUUGUCAAAGGCAAAUUAAAGCUGUUUUCUAUUUCGGGACUAAUUGCUGCAUUUGGAAUCCUGGUUCUGUUGGUAGGGAUUGCAAUGGCAAUGAUGGGCUACUGGCCCAAGGACAGUGACAUUUUUGAGACUAUUACAGUUCAAUCUCACAAUACCACUAAUAGCACAACGCUGGAGACAACAACACUGGAGGUUAUUUCUAAGUUUUUAGCAAGCUACUUGCAUUCUGAAAAGCUGAAGGUUUUAGGACCCCUCAUAAUGGGAAUUGGUAUAUUUUUGUUUAUCUGUGCCAAUGCAGUUCUUCAUGAAAACAGAGACAAGAAAACUAAGGUAAUUAAUUUAAGAGACAUUUAUUCUACAGUUAUAGAUGCACACAAUUUGAGGACGAAGGAUUCUGGGCCAUUUAAUGGUUUUGUCAACUAUGUACAGUCCAAAAGCAUGGAUAAUCUAAAAUCUCCUGAUUCUUUUUGUGCAGCAAUGUUAGCCAAAAGUACCUGGCACACCCCCACUGGCAAUACUACAAAGCCUAUGGAUCCAAAAGAAAAAGCUGUUAAAAAGCACUGCGAUUCUGGAACAAAUUUGCAGCAACAAAUCUCCAAAGAUAGAAAGACAUUAUCAGGUACUGUGUACAGUAUUUGCAGAGACAGAAUUAGGAUGAAUGAUUGGGCCCAAAUGCCCAAAAUGUGUGGCACUAAGUCAAUUGUUCCAUCUUCCAUAAAUGCAUUCACACUGCCUGUCAUCAAACUGAAUAACUGUGUUCUAGAAGAGGGCAAUACAAGAAGUGGAAUAAAUGGGAACAAAACACAAACUUCAGCAAAAUGUAAUGAAACUCAAGAAGAAUUUGAGAAUGUUGCCUCUGAUCAGAUCGGAACUACCAAAUGCAUUUCAGCUGCUGUAUCCAUAAGCAGCGAUCAACCUGAAGAUAACAUCCAGGACACAGAGACUUCAAAUACCUCAUGGUUAAAUCAUAACCAAUUCGCAUCUAACAAAAGCUCUAAAAAUUCUUCUUCCCAAGUGAGCCAGGUUUCUCCAGCUCCCUUCCAGAGAGAAUCAGGAUCCAAUCUUUCCCUCCGCAGUUUGCCAACUCACCCUAAACUUCUAAACCUUGAUGAAUAUCCUUCUACUUCCACAAUGCUGAGUGAAGAGAUAGAUCCAAGCUGCGCAGAUUUAGACUGCACCAACAGUAAGGGCUACACAAUAUUGGGUGACAGCAGUUCCUUUGGGUCUGCUCAGUUGCUACCAGAAGCCAUAAACCAGUCCAGUGAUUGUACAGAGAACCCUAAUAAAGACAUCACUGAAGAGAAUACAAAACCAAGUGAUGAACAAAGUGUGGACAAACCUCAGCAAUGUGUGCAAAGGCAGUACACAAAGAAAGAGAAGUUGCUAAUGAUUUCUGGUUCAUAUUGUACCGUAAGAAUAAACGAUGAUGAAUUUGAUAAUAUUUAGUAAUAAUGUAUUCAUGCAUAGUUGGAUUCAGAUAUAGAAGAUACAGUGGAACUAGUAGCAAAUGAAUGAGAGAAUGUCACAUACAUGUAGUUAUUGAUCACUGAAUGUCAGUCAAGUUCCAAAGACUCAUAGUUUAUUGUUCUCGAACUAACCCAUCCAGUUUCUUUAGUUGCUUCCAAUUGUAAAUGCCUCAGCCAUUAGUUGGCAAUUGUUCAUCUCAGUUAAACACUUCAUAGGAGUUUUCAAUAUAAUUAGUUAUUUGUAAACAGUUUAUGAACAUUGAAA